UAACUUUAUACAAACAACAAUGUAUUUGAUUCGUGAGCAAAAUGGGUCGGGUUGAAGUGAGUAUAAAUAGUGGCUUGGAGAGGAUUCAUCAGUCCCCAUGCACACUACAUACUUCUUUUUGUUUGUUUUAUCUUACUCUUACCACUAGCAUACAAGUCGAAGGUACAUACAGUUCGUAUGUGUGUGUGUAAGCUUCCAUUGAUACAUCAAGAAGAACCUUCAAAACAAUGAACACCCUGUUCCAAACCCUUCCCUUUUUGCCUUUUGAACCAGCAAAACCAUUCUCCGUACUUGAUCAAUUUCCUCACUUCAACUUCAACAACCCAUUAACUCCAGACCCACCUUCUCCGGAGACUGAUUUAUCUCCAGAAUACGACCAUCCUGCCGUUCUUGAAGGCAUCGCAGCAGUCGUCGGAGAAAGUGUUCUGUUCGGAAAGUCUGCAAACACCGCUGGUAAUCAAACAGCUUCUGGUCUUGUGAAGGAUGGCGACAAAGAAAUGAAAUUUCAUGCGGUGAAGCACGGUUGCGGCGUGGAGAAGAAUUAUAGAGGGGUGAGAAAGAGGCCGUGGGGGAGGUGGUCGGCUGAGAUACGUGACAGGAUAGGACGAUGCCGGCACUGGCUUGGGACGUUUGAUACUGCCGAGGAGGCGGCGCGUGCGUAUGACGCUGCUGCAAGACGACUAAGAGGAUCCAAGGCCAGGACCAACUUCGAGAUACCUUCGGUGUUCCCAUUGUCUACCACCACCACAUCCCCGACAACAUCGUCGUCGUCGUCGGCGGAAGGCAAAAAGAGAAAAUCGGGCAGCUCUACUACUAUCACUAACAAGUGUCAUGUGGUGACUUCGGUGGCCCAGCUGUUUAGUAGUUCUGGUCCGACGAUCGUAAAGAGGAAGAUGAACAAUGGUGAUGUUGAAGUUGAUUUGAAUCUUGAUGGUACUUUGAGCAAAAGAUCGAAAACUGUUUGUACCCUUUAUUAAUUUAAUGUAAUUACGUAUGCUAAUGGUACUAUAAUUCUGACUAAAA